AGAGAGAGAGAGAGAGAGCGCUUGGAAGAAGCAAAAAUGGCAGAAUACAGUGGAGGUAUUUCGAUCUCACAAACUCGAGACUGUCACAGCUACACCUCCGGUGAAGAAGAAGACGAUGAUCAAAGCCCUACCAGAACCGGAGCUCUCUUCUUGGUCGGUGAUGGAAGCAGCAGUGGCGUGACACCACCAACGAAGCGCAACAGCAGUAGCAGCAACAAGACAGUCGCCGGUUCCGGAACCGGCAGAGAUUUUGGGUCAACCGGAGAGAUAGUUCGGAAGCCUCGAGGUAGACCACCGGGGUCGAAGAACAAGCCCAAACCACCAAUCGUGAUAACCAGAGACAGCGACGCUGCGAUGAGACCCGUCGUUCUGGAAAUAUCUGCCGGCACCGACGUUGUACAGAUGGUUUCCCAGUACGCGCGGCGCCGCCACGUGGGGCUCUGUGUUGUAAGCGGUUCCGGAACUGUCACGAACGUUACACUUCGCUUACCAGUCUCUCAUUCGUCCACUCUCAUGCUCCAAGGAACUUAUCAUAUUCUCUCUCUCUCCGCUACAUUUCUGGACUCCUCUGCUUCAAAGUCGUCGUCUUCAAUGAUUGCUUCACCGCCCAUUACGAUCUCUCUUGCAGGGGCUCAAGGUCAAGUAUUUGGGGGAACGAUUGCUGGGUCACUUACUGCUGCUAGUAAUGUUGUUUUGGUUGCGGCUACCUUUGUUAAUCCUUCGUUUCAUAGGCUCCCUUUGGUUGAAGAGGAUGAUGAGACAGAGAAUGAGAAGCCUACUGGUCUCGUUGUUGUUACUGGCGGUGGUGGUGUUGGCUCUGGUUCAGCAAUUGAUGCUUGCACGACGAAGAAUCCCGGCAUGUCUAUGAAUGUUUACCGUGUUCAAAGUCCAAGCCCUUUGAAUUGCCAGAUAUCUCCUGAUCAUGUUCUGUCUUGGCCCUCCACCUCCCGUCCCUCUCAUUACUAGAAUUUGAUCAUUGCUUCUGUGUUUUUGCUGGAUUUCAGUAGUUCCAUUCGUGUUUGGUUUUAGAAUUUUUUUGGGUUAAUUUCUAUUUUCUAGUU